AUGACGAGGCCAUCGUCAAACAAACUUUCUGGGCUUCCCCACCGAGCCUGCACGGGCGCCCGCGCGCUUUGUUUGCGUUCCGGUGCCUCUCGGUCCACGUCCGGGCGCCCGACCGCGCUCGCUCGGACCAGAGUCCACUCUACGCCGCUCCGGAAAUGCGGAGCCUCCUCCUUGCCUCCCGCCCGGCUCGUCCUUCCUCGCUGGCCGGCUGCUCCCGAGGUGGGGCAAGCCCUGCCAGCCCAGUUGCUGGGAGCCCUGGAGACGCGGCGGCGCAGCGGGGCUGAGGGGGAGGACAGCAGGGAAGUGCCCGCGGCCCCUUUAAGCAGAUACAAAGGCUCGGCUUGUUUUGUUACAUUUCAUUCUAUUCCGCGCCGCCGAGCGCAGCGAAGCGGCCGGCGGGAGGAGACGCGCGCGCAUGCGCCCCGCGGCCUCCUGCCAUCCGGCCCGCCCCGCCUCUCCUUCCCUGAGCGAAAGAGUCCAACGGGCUUCCCGUUGGGUCCUAAAGCCGAGCCUGAGAGCAGCCGACUGCCGCCCUCCUCCCCUUCGCACACCGCUGAGCGUGGGGGUUGGGGAGGCUCACACACUCACCCCCGCGCUCACCCCGCGCUCACACUCACCCUCGCGCUCAUACUCACCCCCGCGCUCACACACACUCACCCCCGCGUUCACCCUCACCCCCGCGCUCACACACGCACCCCCGCGCUCACCCUCACCCCCGCGUUCACCCUCGCGCUCACGCUCACCCCCGCGCUCACCCUCACCCCCGCGUUCACCCUCACCCCCGCGCUCACACACUCACCCCCGCGCUCACCCUCACCCCCCGCGCUCACACACUCACCCCCGCGCUCACCCUCACCCCCCGCGCUCACACACUCACCCUCGCGUUCACACUCACCCCCGCGCUCACCCUCACCCCCCGCGCUCACACAUACACCCUCGCGUUCACACUCACCCCCGCGCUCACACACUCACCCCCGCGUUCACCCUCACCCCCGCGCUCACACACGCACCCCCGCGCUCACCCUCACCCCCGCGUUCACCCUCGCGCUCACGCUCACCCCCGCGCUCACCCUCACCCCCGCGUUCACCCUCACCCCCGCGCUCACACACUCACCCCCGCGCUCACCCUCACCCCCCCGCGCUCACACACUCACCCUCGCGUUCACACUCACCCCCGCGCUCACCCUCACCCCCCCGCGCUCACACAUACACCCUCGCGUUCACACUCACCCCCGCGCUCACCCUCACCCCCCGCGCUCACCCUCACCCCCGCGUUCACCCUCGCGCUCACGCUCACCCCCGCGCUCACCCUCACCCCCCCGCGCUCACACACUCACCCUCGCGCUCACACUCACCCCCGCGCUAACCCUCACCCCCCCGCGCUCACACACACACCCUCGCACUCACACUCACCCCCAAGUUCACGCUCACCCUCACCGCCGCGCUCACCCUCACCCCAGCUCCCACCCUCACCCCAGCUCCCACCCUCACCCCCGCGCUCACCCUCACCCCGGCGCUCACCCUCGCGCUCACACAUUCCCCCCCGUGCUCACACUCACCCCCGCGCUCACACACUCACCCUCGCGCUCACACUCACCCCCGCGCUCACACUCACCCCCGCUUUCACACACCCUCGCGCUCACACUCACCCCCGCUCUCACACUCACCCCCGCGUUCACGUUCACCCUCACCGCCGCGCUCACCCCCGCGUUCACACUCUCCCCCCGCGCUCACACACUCACCCCCGCGCUCACACACUCACCCUUGCGCUCACACUCACGCACUCACGCUGGCCCUAAGCCUCCUGCCGCCCUCGCCUGUGGCUGUGGGUCACCUAGCCCGCUGUGUCCGCCCCCGACACUCCCAGCCAAUUUCCCUCUAAACCCCUGA